UCGCAAAUCAGCUGAUCUCGCUGGUAAGUCACGAAGAGACAAAAUCACUUCACCCUAGAAUCUAGUUUGGGUAUAUGGUAUAAAAAUGUUGAUGAAUUUUACGUUCCAACCCGAAAGAAAUUAUAGCAGCCUGAAAAUAGAAAGAUGAUAAUUUUUUGAGCUUCAUUAGUUUACAACUUUUGAUAUGGCGUCCCAGAACUCUGACAGCAACGACAAUUUAGACUAUCCCGAGGUGGCGAUAGAUCCUGUAUAUGCCACAGUCACCAGCAAUGUGUCAGGGUUCAGCACAGACUCCCUGGACCCCAGUUGGAUGGAAGACCUGGGAUUCAGUGGAGGGGUCAUCCAGUUUGUGUAUGACGAAGCCAGUGGUCAAAAGGCCAAUGCUGGUCUGUAUGUAAGCGUCCCAGAAGCUGCUGAUGCUGACGAUGUAGCUACUUACAUGGCCAAAGUUUGGAAGAAGAGAACACCAAACAUAAUUCUGUCACUCAUUACCAGCAACAGGCAUUACAAACAUUGGAAGGACCAGGAUCUGGUUCACGACUUCCAGACGGGCAUUAUCACGGCAGCCAAUACUACCGAGAUGUGGAUACUCACAAAUGGGUUUGAUGGAGGAAUAACCAAAAUUUUAGGAGAUGCCUUCAAGGACGAGAAACAGCGACGUAAAAUUCCCAGUCUGACCAAAAUGUCGAUGAAGUUUGUGAAUAAACAAAAGCAGGAGAAUCUCCCCAAGCUGACAGUGAUUGGCGUGGUUCCGAAGUCUCUACUGUCGUACAACUCCAAGAUCGAUUCUGCAGUAGGGCCAGUGAAUAUACAGAAUAAGGGCCAGAAACCCCUCUCGGACAAACAGGAGCUCAACUCUGACCACACUCACUACAUCAUGAUGGAGGGCGUUACUGAUCUACGGGAGCUCGAGAAUUUCCGGAUCAAGCUGGAGGAGAGGUUCCUCACCCCAGUUGGCCGACCGAAGCGAUACAGAAAAAUCACCAAUCUCAGCGACUCUGUUCUCAACGUGGGCGAGUCUGUACCAGAUGACCUCCAGAUAAUUAGCAGUACCUGUACCCCGAUGGUGGGCCUACUGGUCCAGGGCGGACCCCUGGAGAUGGACCAUGUGGCAGAACUCCUGAAGAGAAAUGUUCCGGUUGUUGUGAUGAAGGGGACUGGACUUGCAGCGGACCUUAUUUCUUUUGCUUACCUUGAACUUCAGGAAAGACCUCAUGCUGAACAUAUCGAGUCUUACGUCAAACCAGAACUGAUAAAAAAGCUGAUGAAGUACUUUCCGGCGGAAUUCCUAGAAGAUGAAAUUGCUCGGAAUCGCUGUCGGGAUAAAAUACUGGAGUGUGCUCAGAAUGCUCAUCAGGGAGAACAAAAGUUCCUGACCAUCCUGCCGACAGACGGAGUUUCUUCAGAUCUCAAGAAUCUUGACAAGUACCUGUUGCUGGCUUUGUUUAAGUCCCAGGCACUGAAGCGUGGCAGAAAGUUUCAAGAGCAGUUCCAAUGUGACCUCAAGUUGACCUUGGACUGGAACAGAUGUGACCUUGCCGUGUCCCAAAUCUUUCAAAAAUAUGACUGGGCAAGAAUCAAGAUAACCCAUGAGCUGUUUGAUCGUGCCUUGUUGAAGAAGGGUCGUGAAGAGUUUGUCGACCUGUUUCUCCAAAGGGACGCCAUCCAAGUACACAAGUAUCUCAACCAUCGCAAACUGUUGUACUUAUUUAACAACCUGGAGAAUGAGGAGUUCUUCCUGAAAGUCUGUUUGGACGGAGCACUAGCUAAAGCCUCGUUCUCGGCCUAUCCUGUGGACAAGGAUUUUGUUAUUGGUGAUGAUUGUGAUUUUAACCGACUACUGUACCGGGUGACCUACCUACAACAUCUCGUGUCGUCGUAUGAACUGUCAAUGAAUGCUGUGGGGUCCUACGUCACAGACCAGGAAGUGGCAGAGAGGAGGGCAAUCAACACUUUGGUGUUCUGGGCCGCCAUAACUUUCAACGCCGAGCUGACGAAAGUCCUGUGGAAGAGGACAGAAGAUCCUAUGGUUAUGGCUCUGAUUGUCAGCAUGAUCUGGAACAAUCUCUCAAAGAAUUGGUGCCGUGACCUGGAUACCAAACGCAAAGUUCGGGAAUCUGCAAUUGACUUUGGUAAGAUGGCAGUCAAACUUCUGGACCUUGCAUACAAAGACUCUAGUGUGAUUGCAAUUAACGCUCUUGGGAAAAAGCUCCCUGAUUUCAACGACAAGACGGUGAUAGAAAUCGCCCACAUCGCCAGGAACAAAUUCUUCAUUGCGCACACUAUCUGUCAGAAAUGGUUGGACAAACGCUGGAAUGGCAAACUUCAGAUCAGAGAGCUGGAACUGGGACCGUUCAAGGUCGCAGACUGGUUGAUGUUGUACCUCAGCGUGUUUCUGGUGUUCCCGAUGUUUCUGUGGAUAACGUACGAUGUCAAGAGCGAUGCCAAGGAUGAAUCAAAUUUAGAUGACUCAGAUGACGAGAUGCCUUCAGACGAGGCUGCCAUGUUACAGCCUUCCUCUCUACAGGGCGAGAAAUGGCAAAAGCGCCACAGUGUGAAAUACCAGAUGAGAAACAUGUUAUCGUACGGCCGACAAAACCUCAAAGUACCAGUUCAAAUGCAGUUUUAUUACCUGUACAGCGCGCCCAUAACCAAGUUCUGGAUCAGUCAGCUGUUCUAUAUACUGUACUUGACCAUCUUUAGUUUGGCUGUUCUGUUUCCCUCCUGCGGAAACUUACACAUGGAUUUUGUGGUAUUUGGAUGGACAUUGUUGAUAUGGGUCGAACUGGUCCGUGGUGUUAUAGCCAAGAAAAAGAAAUACCAGGAGAUCAAUUUGUUUUGGGCGAAGAUGGAGAUUGUAGUUAUUGGUUUAUUUCUCCUUGCGUUCUGUCUUGUGAGAAUUGUUCCCCACUUUGUCAGCUACAUCGACUACAUGACCACUAAGUUCGUUAUGAGUAUGGGCCUGCUUUACUUCUACUACAGAACCUUACAAGUUUUUCUUCCCAUCAGUCCGGUCCUCGGUCCGAUGCUCAUCAAUAUCCGCAGAAUGAUAAAAAAGGACUUUCUGACCUGGAUGAGGAUGUUUCUGAUCAUCAUGGUGUCAGGCGGUGUGACGAUUCACGCUGUUCUCUACCCCAACUACCCGUUCACACUACAAGGAAUCAAAAUGGCACUCACACGAGCCUUUUUCGCGAUGUUCAUCACCCAAAUUGGUGACCUUGAAGGAAAUGAGUCCUGCUCUGACCUGUACAAAAACACCUCAUUGAGUCAUUGUAGAGCCACUUCUCCAGAUAUUUUCGGUAAAAAUGCAAGUAGUAUGACCACUGACGAUGUCACGUCCUUCGACACCUGUCCGUAUAGCAGCAUGGGUGGCUACCUGGUGGUGAUGCAGUACUUUGUCAUCACCAAACUGGUCAUGAUCACUCUUCUGUAUGCCUUAUUCAGUGCCACCACAGCCAAAGUAAGGGGAGAGUCGGAGGAGAUUUGGAAGUUCCAGAAAUACAGCCUUAUCGUAGACUUUGAAGAGCGGCUUCGUCUUCCUCCUCCCUUCAGUUUUAUCAGCUAUCUUUGUAUGAUGUCUGCUAGCUUGUACCGAUGCUUUCAUACGUGCUGCACACACUGUUGUCGCAGGCCACGUGGCUGUUGUCGAUGCACUUGUAGAAAGAAGAAAAUGCGGACAGAAAAGGACAGUUCCAAGCUGAGGGUGCUGAAGGUAAGAAGGACGGAGGAUUAUAACUACUGGAGAAACAGUAUAAAAGAUCUAAUGGAGAUGGAGGAACAGGAAAAAGCUGAUAAAGAACGUCCGAAAACACAGAGCAAAAGCAUUGGUGUGUUGAUGUCACAGAUGGAAAAACAAAAACAUUUCAACGGGAAGUUGACAGAACAGAUGGCCCGUCUGGAGCGAAAUAUCACAACAUGUAACCUAGCUCUGGAGCAAAUCAAACACCUCCUGGACAAACAACAAGGACAGAAAAAUUUGACUGUCGCCAUGAAGAGGGCUGUAGUUCAUGUAUCCAGUCGCCAGUCUCCGUACCCAGGCACGAAAAUACAACGUUUUCCUGUCUUUGACAAGCAUGUUGCCUGGGAGGUUCCGUACCUGGGAUACGACCCGGUUGUGUAUACUUGUCCAGUAGAAGAGUUUGUAGAUGCCAUUCAGUCCCUGGUGGAUCCAGACUUCUUAAAGAUCAGCCGGAGUGCCGAGGACAAGCUAUUGAGCCGUGAAGACAUUCGUACUUACCAACAGCCCAGUGCAUUGUACAACCCGAUGUGGAACGUGGCCGCUACACUGAAGAUUAACAACGCCGUAGUGGAAAUAAACAGGGCGUCCUGGAUCACACAAAACAGCACGGCGUGUCGUUACAGUAUCGACAAGACCAACCUACCUCUAAACCCCAUGGGUAGGACUGGAAUCAGAGGUAGAGGCAAGCUGUGGCGCUGGGGACCUAACCAUAGUGUGCUCGUAGUACUCUCGCGUUGGAAGGAAAAAUAUAAACAGGGAGGAGACGAGUCCUCUGAACGUGACUACAUCGUCAUAGAGGGAAAACGGGUCCUCGAGAUGAUUGUCAUACAAAGGCUUGACACCGGGGAGUUCACACUUCCAGGGGGUAACGACUACGGCAAUAUGUCCAUGUACAGUGCACUGUGUAAACGUUUUCAACAAUUCGUCCUCGACCAGGAAACGACAGCGAAGGAAAACAUGAGCGAGCAAGACAUGAUAAGUUUUUUCUCCAAGUACUCUGUACCAGGGCCCAGCCCCAACACGGGGCUGACCUCUGGGGUGAUCUAUAAGGGAUACAUCGACGACCCCUCUAACACCGACAACGCCUGGCGCGAGGCCGAGGUCUGGAACCUUCACUACAGGGGAGGGAGUAUACUGGAUGAUAUUGUAAAAGAGAAAGAGAAGAAGUGGAAGGAAGCGUCGUCCUACACAAAGUUAUAUGGAAACCAGGAUAUGAUAGUCAAGGAGGCAGCUCUCCUACACGGAGCUUAUUACUGAAUCAAAGGAAAAUGAUUUCUGCCCUCUUUUGUACCCACCUUUACUUUGUCUGCGGACUAAGUUAUAGUCAAAAGACAUUCCUGCAGAUUAAGCAAUGUAGUCAGUCUCUAGUCAUUGUCUGUGCACUGUUGCUUAUUGUUGCUUCUAGUCUUUGGAUAAAUGUAUGAUGAUUCUGUACAGGUACAAACUUAAGGCUGUAUGCUACAUUUCUGUGAGACUUAAGGAUGUAUGCUACCUUAUUUUGACAUGGAGACUUAAUGAUGUAUAUACUACCUUACAUGGAGACUUAGGGAUAUAAACUAUACCUUCUGUGACAUGAGGACUUAAGGAGAUAUGCUACCUUUAUGUGACAUAGGGACUUAAGGAGAUAUGCUACCUUUAUGUGACAUUGAGACUAAGACUGUAUAUUACCUUACUGUGACAUCAGUGAUCUUACUUAACAAAUGAAACAAAGCAUAUAUCUUAACCAGAUAUUAUUUUAACAUGAAUCACUAGUGUGAUGUGAAUUCAGUAUAAUUUGAAAGGGAGAUAACUAGCAAACAGUUUUAAGAAUUAUGUGUGAGGAAACUCAAUAUAUGGAAAUAACUCUACAACUAAUCCUUAAUGGGUAUAUUUAAUACAAAAUUAUAAGCAUCACAUUUUAUAAACAAUUUUCAACAAGGGAAAUAACUCUACUAAUAAUAAUUAAGGGAGAUAACUUUAACACAAAUCACUAGUAUAAAAUAUAUAUUAUAGUAGAACAUAACUAUUUUACUAACAAUAAAGGGAGAUAACUCUAUUACUUAUUGCCAGCAUCUGUGUUAUUUAAGUAAAAUGUUAAACAUAUUUUCAUAAAACACUGAAUUAUACCAUCAUAUAGAGCAAACACAUCAAAAUAGCAAAUACUUCAGUUCUGUGAUCUUUGUUUUGCUAAUACUGCUAAAGUCACUACAGUUAACUGUGAAAUUGGUCAUUUUCAUGGGUGUUUGUUUUUCAGGUUUUGGAUUUUGAUUUUUUUUUUUUUUUUUACGAUGAUUUUGGGAUACUUUUGAUAUGAUAUUUAGUAAAAUAUUAUUUAUUUGACAUGAACAUAUUUAAUUUAAAUUACUCAUUCAUCUAUGAAAGUGAUUUCAGGGAAUUUUGUGGAUGCUAUCAAUCCACAAAUUCCUAUUUAUUGGGCGACCAGGAAAUUUGAUACCCACAAAAAGAGUUGAUUUUGCAGUACAUUUCAUAGUUCCCCGAGAGUGCUGAUACUGAAAUUUUGUGUUACACAUAUCAUUUGACUUGAAGAUGGAUUUAUAUAUUUGAGCUACUUUUAAUUAAAAUUGAAUCAGAGUAGAAUUUUAUAAGAUUGGUAUUUUAAAGAAACUUAUGGCUUUUUAUUUUCAAGAUAUAUAUUUUUAGCCUAUGGUUAUUUCUACUUUGCGCCAGAAUCCCCUGUCACUUGUAUCUACGUAAGUCAGUAUUCAUGUUUUAUAUAAAAGCAUCUUCAGAAUCCAAGGGUUCUGAUAUAUUUUUAGCCUAUUGUUAUUUCCACUUUGAGCCUGAAUCCCCUGUCAAUUGUAUCUGUGUAAAUCGGUAUGCAUGUUAUAUAAUAGCGUCAUCAAAAUCCAAGGGUUCUGCUUUGGAUUUACCUUGUAUGCAUCUUAUCUGCAUCCUUGGAAUAUGACAUGGCAAAAAUAACCUCCUCUGUAAAGUUUCACAAGUCUUGAAAAAUUUGCAGAAAAGUUUUCACCUUUCCCUGAUCAGUUCAAAGGUAUGAUGUCCCUGUAUUAAGGAGAACUUUGAUCAACCUUGGUUUGUGUGUAGCUAGUUCGAAACCCACGUGGGGCAGUUGCCUGGUACUGACCGUAGGGUCGGUGGCUUUUCUCCGGAUACUCCGGCUUUCCUCCACCUCCAAAACCUGGCAUGUCCUUAAAUGACCCUGGCCGUUAGUAGGACGUUAAAAAAAACAAAAUCAAACCAAAUUAUGUGUAAAACUUUUGUAAUUCUCAAAGAACUUAUAAAAUAUAUGUUAGCCAAGUGAUUGGUCAGUUAUAUCUAUUUAUUCAACCAAUGAAAUGGCUAGAACAAGUUACACUGAUUUCAUUUCAAAUACAAGUUAAUAUAAUUAUGUAAAUUUUAGUGAUUGAAUUACCAAUAGGAUAGAGCAACAGGCUUUGCCAAAAUAAGGUCUCCUGAAUUUUGCCAUGAUGUAUUUUAAGUGUGCAGAAAAGGCAUAGUGUUUGAGACUUGGAUUUGACAUGUUGCCUGUACCAGUAUGUAUGAUGUUGAUUGAAUAUUUGUCGUAUUUAGUGACAAAACACAGCCUUACUGUCACAGUAUUACCUCUUUAUAGAUUUAUUUUUCAAUGAAUUUCAGAUUAUUUUUCAAUGAAUUUCAGGUUAUUUUUAAAUGAAUUUCAGAUUUAUUUUUUCAACUAUUUUUGUCUGGUUACGUAACCUCACAAAAUUGUUAAAUUAAUGUCUUUUUAAUUUAUGUUAAGAAAAGAUUGUUUUGUAUAAUUUUUGCAAUGUUCUGAAGUAUUUUUUACAUCAUGACCAGUAUGAAUUUAAAAUGUCCGGUUUUUUACCACUUUUGAGCACCUUUUUUUACUCCGAUAAUUAGAUAUCUAGUCAAUAUUCCUAUGUUGAUGCCAUUCACCUUUGAUUUUUAACUUACAGUAAAGAUAUUAUAAUACGUAGUUUACUUAGUAUAUCAUAUGAGACCAAAGAAGUACACCGCAACCAUUUUCCUGGGAACGAGGAUAAGCACACGCCAGUUUUAAUGACCGCGUUCUCAUGACCUGACAAAAUCUUGACACAGAGCAAUCCCCAUGCUGAAAACAAUUUCUGAUGAAACUUUAAUUCACAUUGCAAAUAUGGCCACAAAAUGUCUGUACGGUCUCGAAAUAUUAUCAAUGUUUCGAUAUAUGUUU